CUUGUGCGACAGCGGCGGCAGCCACCCGGCGCUCCUUCGCGACGGUUCGGCCCGGUGCCGCUGGCGGCCGUUGCCAGGGUGGGGGUCGCUUUGCGGCAUGGCGAUGGCGGAGGGCGAGCGGACUGAGUGUGCUGAGCCCCCCCGGGACGAGCCCCCAGCUGAUGGCUCCCUGAAGCGGGCAGAGGAGCUCAAGACGCAGGCCAACGACUACUUCAAAGCCAAGGACUACGAGAACGCGAUCAAGUUCUAUAGCCAGGCCAUCGAGCUGAACCCCGGCAAUGCUAUCUACUAUGGCAACCGCAGCCUGGCCUACCUGCGUACCGAGUGCUACGGCUAUGCGUUGGGUGAUGCCACACGGGCCAUUGAGCUCGACAAGAAGUACAUCAAGGGUUACUACCGCCGGGCUGCCAGCAACAUGGCACUGGGCAAGUUCCGGGCUGCCCUGCGAGACUACGAGACGGUGGUAAAGGUGAAGCCCCAUGACAAGGACGCCAAAAUGAAAUACCAGGAAUGCAACAAGAUUGUGAAGCAGAAGGCCUUCGAGCGGGCCAUCGCGGGCGAUGAGCACAAGCGCUCAGUCGUGGACUCUCUUGAUGUUGAGAGCAUGACCAUCGAGGAUGAGUACAGCGGGCCCAAGCUUGAGGACGGCAAAGUGACAAUCACUUUCAUGAAGGAGCUCAUGCAGUGGUACAAGGACCAGAAGAAACUGCACCGGAAAUGCGCCUACCAGAUUCUGGUACAGGUCAAAGAGGUCCUCUCCAAGCUGAGCACACUUGUGGAAACUACACUCAAAGAGACAGAGAAGAUUACAGUGUGCGGGGACACUCAUGGCCAGUUCUAUGACCUCCUCAACAUAUUCGAGCUCAACGGUUUACCCUCUGAGACCAACCCCUAUAUAUUUAAUGGCGACUUUGUGGACCGCGGUUCCUUCUCCGUAGAAGUGAUUCUCACCCUUUUUGGCUUUAAGCUCCUAUAUCCAGAUCAUUUUCACCUAUUGCGAGGCAACCAUGAGACAGACAACAUGAACCAGAUAUAUGGUUUUGAGGGUGAAGUGAAGGCCAAGUACACAGCUCAGAUGUACGAGCUCUUCAGCGAGGUGUUUGAGUGGCUCCCGUUGGCACAGUGCAUCAACGGCAAAGUUCUGAUCAUGCAUGGAGGCUUAUUCAGUGAAGAUGGCGUCACCUUGGAUGAUAUCAGGAAGAUUGAGCGGAAUCGGCAGCCCCCAGAUUCCGGUCCCAUGUGUGACCUGCUUUGGUCAGAUCCACAGCCACAGAAUGGGCGCUCAGUCAGCAAGCGGGGCGUGAGCUGUCAGUUUGGGCCUGAUGUCACCAAGGCUUUCCUGGAGGAGAACAACCUGGACUACAUCAUCCGCAGCCACGAGGUCAAGGCCGAGGGCUAUGAGGUUGCACAUGGAGGCCGCUGCGUCACUGUCUUCUCUGCUCCCAACUACUGCGACCAGAUGGGGAACAAAGCCUCCUAUAUCCACCUCCGGGGCUCUGACCUGCGGCCCCAGUUCCACCAGUUCACAGCAGUGCCUCAUCCCAACGUCAAGCCCAUGGCCUACGCCAACACGCUGCUGCAACUAGGAAUGAUGUGAGGCGACAUGUGGGGCGUCCUGCAUCCCAGGACCUCUCCCCUUCCACUGGAUCCCAGGCCCCAGCUGGUAGGGCAGGGGAGGGCAGAGCCAGCCCCGCCCCAGGGCAACAUUGGACCUCCUUUUACUUUGUAAAGUUUGUAUUUAUUCCCCUUUAGGUUUGCAGAGGGGGUGGGAGCAGAGUCAGGGGCUGGCUAGAGGGUCUGCUCCUUGGACAAAGAGGAAGGAGGUAGCGAGGCUGGGGUUGGGGGCUCAGCCGGGCAUUCUAGAGGGAGGCCAGUCUCAGGGUGAGGUGGGGCCAAGUGGCUGCCCUGCCCCCCUCAUGUGCAUGGCUCCUCCCCAACUAAAGCAAUAGGGCCCCGCCAUAGGAAGACCCUCAGAAACAGGGUCAUCAGGGAGGCUUCGCCUGCACCCCCUCCAGGAGCCCCAUGGUGGGGCUAGACUGGGCCCACCCCUCCCCAGCUAUUUUAUGUCUGUAAUUAAAUAUGUUAAAAUAAAAUCAUUAUUGUACGUCA